AUGUCUUCUCAGUUUGCUGCAUUGAUUGCACAGGCGGCUUCAUCGCUGAGUUGUGAUGGUUCUUCACAAAAGGAGAUGAAAAAAAGGGAAAGCAACAGAAAGGAUCCCAGACCAAAGCUCUCAGAGUCAGUGGAAGUGGCAGAGGGUGGAGAUGGUAGAAGGAGAAGGGAAGGGAUCCAGGGCGAGAUCCAAGAAGAAGAGAAGAUAUGGAGAAGCAGAAGGAGAAGUAAGAGAAGGAUUCCGACAAUGAAUGUUCCAGUUUGUAAGAUUGGUAAUAUACAAUCCUCUAAUAGUAAGAUAAGGUAUGAGCCGUAG